CUCGCGCGGAGGUAGAGCACAGGCUGCACGAGAGAGGAGGGCAGAUACUCUACACCACGGCCUUUUUGUAUUUCGUAUGAGCACAACACAUUGAUUUGCGAAGAUGUGGACGGGUGUUAGGAAACUGCUGCUUUUACUUGUGAUGCUCGUGGGGUUUCUGCUGGCCAACGGGACAGAACCAGAGUGUGAAAGCGGCCAGUUUCAGUGCAGUAACGGCAGGUGUAUACCCACUCCAUGGAGAUGUGAUGAUGACGACGAUUGCUCGGACAACAGCGACGAGGAGAACUGCCCAAAAAAGACGUGUGCCCAGACAGAUUUUACAUGUAAGAACGGGCAGUGCGUCCCAGCCCGCUGGAGAUGUGAUGGAGAACCCGAGUGUCCAGAUGGUUCAGAUGAAGCAGACACCACCUGCACAGGUCGGCAGACGUGUCCACCAGAGAAGUUCGAUUGUGGUGGCACAACAAGCAAGUGUGUGUCGAUGUCAUGGCGCUGUGAUGGCGAAAGGGACUGUGAAAAUGGAGCGGAUGAGGAGCAAUGUGCCGCAGAUGCCAAAGCCUGCCAUGGGAAAGAGUUCCAUUGUCGCAACGGUAUGUGCGUGGCUCCCACAUUCGUCUGUGACGGGGACAACGAUUGUGGUGAUGGCAGUGACGAGGAGAUGUGCACUGCAGCCACCGCAAGUACCUGCGGCCCGCAUGAGUUUCGUUGUAACGACUCUGAGUGCAUCCCAGCGCUGUGGAGCUGCGACGGGGACCCCGACUGCAAAGAUAAAUCAGACGAAUCCAUGGAGCGCUGCAGCCGCAAGACGGAACCUCAGAAGCCCCAAUGCCCCGCCGGGGAGUUUAAAUGCAGGAGCGGAGAAUGCAUUCACCUGAACUGGAAAUGCGACGGAGAUGCAGACUGCAAGGACAAGUCAGAUGAGGCUAACUGUCCUUUGCUGACCUGCCGUCCAGAUGAAUUCCAGUGCGGCGACGGCUCCUGCAUUCACGGCACUAAACAGUGCAACAGAGUACACGACUGUCCAGAUUUCAGUGAUGAGGCUGGAUGCAUCAACAAAACCACAAAAUGCGAAGGUCCACUGAAAUUCCUGUGUAAAAGCGGCGAGUGUAUUGCAAGCAGUAAGGUGUGUGACAAUAUCAAGGAUUGCAAGGACUGGUCCGACGAGCCCAUGAAGGACUGCGGUCUGAAUGAAUGUGCCAAUAACAAUGGCGGCUGCUCUCACAUAUGUAGGGACCGGAAGAUCGGCUAUGAGUGUGAAUGCCCCUCGGGAUACAAGCUACUGGACAAGAAGACCUGUGGAGACAUAGACGAAUGUGAAAAUCCUGAUGCCUGCAGUCAAAAAUGCAUCAACCUCAAAGGCGACUACAAAUGUGAAUGUUACGAGGGCUAUGAGAUGGACCCGGGUACCAAGACUUGCAAAGCAGUGGGUAAGAGCCCGUACCUCAUGUUUACUAACCGCCACGAGAUCCGCCGCAUUGACCUGGUGAAGAGGGACUACACGCAGGUAGUGCCGACCCUAAAGAAUGCUGUGGCCUUGGAUGUUGACGUCAACACCAAUAAGAUGUACUGGUGUGACCUCUUUCAUCGCAAGAUCUUCAGCGCAUUCAUCAACAAAGCCAGUGAUUCAUCUGAACAGAUUACACUCGUGGAUACUGUGCUACAUUCCCCAGAGGGUUUAGCUGUCGACUGGAUCCAUAAGAACAUCUACUGGACCGACUCUGGACACAAGACCAUUUCUGUCGCCACCAUCGACGGCAAAAAGAGAAAGGUGCUGAUUGACACAGAACUCGGGGAACCACGUGCCAUCGCUCUUGACCCAAGACAAGGGUUCAUGUACUGGUCAGAUUGGGGAACAGAAGCUAAGAUUGAAAAAGCCGGAAUGAAUGGGGUGGAUCGGCAGGUUCUGGUCUCCGAGAGGAUCGAGUGGCCCAAUGGCAUCGCCCUCGACCUGUCUAGUAGGCGACUCUACUGGGUAGACUCCAAACUUCAUCUUAUCUCCAGUGUGGACCUGAAUGGAGACAAUCGUAGAGUUUUACUGUCAUCCAAGGAUCAUCUAGGCCAUCCCUUUGCUCUGACACUGUUUGAGGACCGGGUAUACUGGACUGACUUGGAGGAUGAAGCUAUCUACAGCGUUAACCGGCUGACCGGACAUGAUGUGGCUAUGCUGGCUCAACAUCUAAACAACCCACUUGAUGUUGUGGUAUUCCACGAGCUCAGGCAGCCCACAGCUCCAGACACCUGUAACAUUGGCAGUUUGCCCAACGGAGGAUGUGAAUAUCUGUGCCUCAGAGCCCCUCAAAUCACAGACCACUCACCCAAGUACACGUGUGCCUGCCCGGACAACAUGGAACUUGGCCCGGACAUGCGUCGAUGUGUGACAGUCAAACCCAAGACAACUACAGCUGCCAGUACGACAACCUCUACAACACCAGAACCUUCCACCACCACAACAACUAGACUUUCAACAACCACCACACCCACAACCACCAGUACAACCUUACAAACUACACCAACUGCAUCCACAGCUACAAUGACAACCACAAGCACUCCUGUUCCCAUGAAAACCACCACCAGACCGAGAACUACCAAAAACUCCAGCCCACUUUAUUUUACAAACACACACUCCAGAUCCACCACACCGACCACUCAUCCCAGCACUACAGCAUCAUGGAAACAGCCCACAUCCAACCAGACAACAGCAAACUUCAGACAGACAUCUACAACCGUCGCUGACAGCAAUAGUAUACAAGGGGCCAAUGGCAACCUCUCUCACCGCGCUGGAAGUGGAAAUGAUCACUUCUUCCUCGGUAGCAAUAUAACUGUUGCAGUUCUGGGUAUAGUCAUUCCUAUAGUUCCUAUCCUUGCCACAGUGGUCAUCGGCCUGGUGUGUACCGGAGGAUACCUGGUGUGGCGCAACUGGAGGAGACGGAACACCAAAAGCAUGAACUUCGACAACCCCGUGUACCGCAAGACCACAGAGGACGACGACGAUGAGAUCCACAUCGGCCGCAGCGAGCAAAUCGGCCACGUCUACCCUGCUUCGGCAUGUCAGGCACAAGCAGAGAUAGAGACAUCAGCUGCGCAGCAGAAGUGGAGUAAACCGUCCCAGUGGCAUAACCAGAGUCUCUCCAGCGGCACACACAUCACAUCCUUCAAAGUGUCGCGUGGCGCUCGGUCAGGACGAUGACGGAUUCCCCUGAGGGAGAUUCUCGCUCUCUCAGCUUCUCCGUCCCAGAAUCCCUCAUCUUUUAGAUCUCAGCUUCUACUUCCAUCGAUGCCCCUUGGUCUCCUGAGGAGACCACACAAAUACAGUCACAGAGGACAGCAAUCGUUGUGCACAGCUGAGCGAUACAAACUGGGUUUGUCUUCUGAAGUCCCAUAAGGCCUCAAUCGAUCUAACUUGGGCAGUAGUCACUAGUUCUGAAAUUAAAACGACUUCUAUCCAUUCCUGCGCUGUCGUAGCAGUAGUCAGUAGUGCUUUUAGAUGAUGACUAGCCUAGUUCAUCACUUGUAGUUGCUAACCCUCGGGGCCUCGUGCCGUAGUUCCUUUCAUUAGAAAGAUUUUUAUUACUGGUGUGAGUCGGGCUGUGACCAUAACAGUUUGUUUCUGUGUAGGAAUGACUUCCAGGAGCACAGGAGGGAAUCAUGGGUAAUUUACUUUGACAGACUAGGAGAUGCGUAGCAAAAUAAUGAAAUAGGAUGAAAUGGGGCUGGAGAGGAUUUCAUAUAUGCACACACUCUACAAAAAAUCCACUAUGCAUAUAUAGUUCGCUAUAUGAUUUGAGGUUACGCUUUCACACAGAAAACAAUACCAACAAAGCAGAGCUAUGAAUUUUUUAUAUAUUGUCUUUCAGUAUACUUCCAGUGCAAAGACUACUGUUAUAUUAUAUUGAGUCUUCCAUACGCGCUGUAGUUGCACCCUUCAUAGAGCUCCGAAUCUACUGCCUGGAUAUGAAAGAGUUCACAUUCUAAUACAUAUGGAAAUACAUAUUCAUAUAAUUCAUAUACAUAUUUAUUUCACCAGCUCUAGGUCUUCCAUAUUUCUCAACUUUUUCAGCUCACAAAUUGGAACAACUUCAAAAAAAAUCCCUGACUAUAAGACUGGUAUGCCUUAAUAUGUUAUAACUGCCUUUUUAUUAAAAUUCGAAACAUAAAAUGUUUUCGGUAAUUUAAAAAACACACAAAAUAUAAUACUCAUUUGAACCUAAACCUAGGCAUUUUCUUUACUAAUAACGUUAAAGUGUUGCACACAUGUGAAUUUAACAUUCAAGAUAUAUUAAGCUAAUUUAAAGUCUAUUGUGUUUAGAUUAAAAUAUGUCUCUCAGGGAGGCGGGUAGGAGCUGCCUGACAGUUCACGUGGUGUUCUCUAAUACAGGUGAUAUCUGUAAAUGUACCCUAACAGCAAGCAUCUUGUUAGUGUGUUUCUCAGUAUUAUCAUAAUGUGUAAACUAUGCGACAGUGAUGGAUGAUAAUGUCUUAGAUUAUUGAUAUUGUUAUAUUAGACCGUAGUUUGAUGCAUGUUAACUUGAAACAGCUUGCAGCUCUUCUUAUAUAGCUGACAGGCUGUGUCAAGAGGAAAUAGCACCACCUAGUGUCCCUUUGUAUUUACUUCAUUUAUUUUCUGUUCUCAAAAUGACAUGUUUUCUUCGCUGUUGCAUAAGGUCCAAAUGCAUUUGUUAAUUUUAUCACUUAAAACUCUUUAAGCAUUAAACUAGCAUAUGUAAACGUUUUUUCCUCUGAUAAUAAUUUCUUCAUGGGUUAAAACGACUUGAGUGUAAUUUGAGUCUUUGCGCCAUCCUUGCUUAUCUAUUGGUCAAAAUCUGUUAACAUGAUUGGUUACAGGGUUAUGAUGUCGUAAAUAGAGGCAUUUUCAAAUGAACUACAGUUUUAUGGAGAAAAUACACCACAAUGGUUUAAAAUUAUGAAUUUGCUGAUGAUUUAUCUUAAAGCAUAUUAAAGCACCACAUAGACGUAUAAACAACAUUAAAAACUUGAUUUUCACCACAGGGGGACUUUAAGAGAAGGGUUGCAACUUUAUGACAUCUGAUGUCUCCGAGAUUAAUAUUUUUCAAAGUUUCUUAUUUUCACAUUUAUAUAGUCAGUGACAGUUUUGAUGUAUUAAGCCAUAUAUCUCUUUGUAGUUGGGGUACUCUUUUAAUCUUUCUGUCCAGGUGCAUUUUCAUCCCCACAAAUUGAACUCAGGUCAUCGGUUUACAUACAGUAUAGUCUUUACUAUUACAAUCUGUGUUGUUUAUUUCACAAACACACUAAUAGAUGCGGUAGUCAGGGUUGUUAGGGUUAAUAAGCAGUUUGUUCACAUCUAGAAUCAUACACUAAAACACACGCUACCCUCACACAAACAAAACUGAGUCCUUUCCUCCCCGUGCUCGUCGUCCUUCAGGGUAAAUUGAGCACAUUUGCAUUUAGCACUCUGACUAAUAAAUGGCUUAAUGAUGUGAUAGAUCAUAGUCAAAGUUCAGAGCAUUGCUCUGAACAGUCGUCUGUGUGACAGAGUCACAGGAAAUGAGCAGUGCCUGAAUAUAUACGCUUCCUGUACAUCCUAAAGUACAUUCUCCACAAGAUGACAAAUGACUGCUCAGUUAUUUUGGUAUCACUGACACAAUCUGGUUAGACAGCUGGCACAGGGUUUGAUCUGCAUGAUGAUCACUGUAGAUUUGGUCUGCUUUGAAGGCCGUGUGUUUAAAAGGGAUAGUUCGCCCAAAAAUGAAAAUUCUCUCAUGAAUUACUCGCAUUCUAUAAAUGUCUUUGUUUGAUUGAACACAGAGAAAGAUAUUUGAUGAAUGCUUUUAACCAAGCAGUUCUUGGACCCUAUUGACAACCAUAAUAGGAAAAAUUACAACUGUAGUCAAGAGUGCUUCAGAACUGUUUGCUAUCCAACAUUCUACAAAAUAUCUUCUUUUGUGUUCAAUAGAGAAAAAGAAAAAAAAUACUUUUUCCUACUGUGGUAGUUAAUGUGAUCCAACUGUUUGCUUAUAAGCAUUCUUUCUUUCUUUGUGUUCAUCAUUUAAAAAAAAGACACAGAUUUGGAACAACUUGAAGGUGAGUAAAUAAAUAAACAAAAAUAUUUCUGUUGAACUAUCCCUUUAACACAGGUGACAAUUGCAGGGGCUGAAAUAUCAGCUGUGGGCGCUUGACUGUUUUUUUUUUUAUAAAGGAAACUUUGGUUGCUAUGAUAUAGAAUAUUUUCUGUAGUCAUGUGGUGGUAGUAUCUGAUUUCACAGAUGAUUAGUUUAAUCAACAAAUAUUAAUAUUGUGGUAAUCAAGGGAUUUCAUCUCAUAUCGUCAUACAGAAAUGGAAUGAAAUAUUAACUUCUGCAUUGUUUCCAAUGUUACUACAUUUAGGAAGUAUAAUUGGUUGUUGUAUUUGUAUCGCCCCUCCUGCACUGUGACUGGACAGCUGAGUAAAACGUGGUAUUGACCAGAACAGCAUUUUACCCAAAGUUGAAGAUUUUUUAAAGCUUGGUGAGCAAAAAACAGGAAAAAAAACAUUUUGGUGGACACGCAGCCUAAUGUUUUUGAAAGGGAUAGUUCACCCAAAAUGAAAAUGUUGUCUUUUUUUUUCUCACCCACUUCUCAUUUCCAACCUGUAUGUGUUUCUUUCUUCUGCAGAGCAUAAAAGAACAUAUUUUGAAUAAUGUUGGUAACCGAACUGAGAUACAGAUGACUCUUGUUGGUUUUUUGUCUAUAGCCUACAAUAGAAGUAAAUGGGUACCGUCAUUGUUUGGAUACCAAUAUUCUUUAAAAUAUCUUCUUUUGUGUUCUAGAGAAGAAAGUCAUACAGGUUUAAAAGGACAAAAGGUAAAUGAUGACAGAAUUUACAUUUUUGGGUGAACUAUCCCUUUAAAAGUUCUGUCAGAGAUUAAAGCAGAUGGCUCUUUGCGUGGAGUUUUACCGGAAUAGGUUGUUAGAUUGAAGAACUAGUUAUUGUGAAUGGCCCUGUAUGACCAAUGAGGUCACCGAUUGGUACACGCGUUUACCUGAGCGCUCAUCUUUGUUUCUUGCACUUAGAUCUUCUCUCUAUUUCUGCCACCUUUACUCCUUUCCGCUAUGAUGCUGCGUUUCAUGUGCACCACUUGUAAAACAUUCCUCUAUGGGGUAUUUGAAGUUCAUUUUCUGAACACGGUGGGCUUUUAGACUGCUGAGAGAUAAAAGAUGGUUAACAGAUAGGCCUGCUAUUGUCACCAUUGUUGUAAUUCAUUUUCAUGAGUUCUUAUCAUCGUUUCUCAUGUCAGACUGUUUACAUUUCAGUACAAUUGUGAAAAUGUGAAACACUUUAGUUUUUGAUUCGAAUGAAUCUCAGACUAGCAAUACAGGGUAAGCAUCGCUUCACCGGUGUGGUAUAAAUUAUUCUUGAACAGCUCUAGGUUAAGCUUUCUCUUGAGGCGGUACGCACAUCGGUUAUUUUUUCUGACCCCCAGUGUCAUUGGUGCUGCUCUAGAGUUAGCUCAAGAUCUUUCAAAAUUUGUCCCAUUGAGCUCUCUAGCCGUCAAGGUUUCUACUAACACUUAUUUUAGCGUGUUAUGAAUUAUAAUGUAGGUGUCCUGACAUCGGUGUGGUCACAGAAGGUUCUAGAACAGGCUUUUAGACCGUUCGCAAACAGAUUCUCUGCCUCUCUGUAGAUAAUAACCAGAGCUUUGUGACCGUCGUCCAUUAAUCCUUCUCUAUGCAUAUGUAACGGCGAGUCCCGCCUUCCUAUAGCACUGCAGGGACCCGCCACGCUGCUCCACCACCCCAUCCACUGUGACUAACAUCCGUCAUGUCCCUAACCCCUCCUCAUCACGGUCUACCCCAUUCCCAUCAGCCCAACAAGUAGGACAUCGCUUUCCAAAGGGCUAACUUUCUGACAAAACAGACGACACACUGGAGAAAUUUGCUGGGACCUCUCCUGAAACACUGGAUUUCAGUUUAGAAUUGAACCUCUUACGGACGAGUCUGGUCCUCCACAUCCCUGCUAACAUUCCGCGUCUGUAAGCUGUGGAAAAGAUGACCUCUGAGUUUGAUUUCCCCUCUGAGAUCAUGUCGACAGGAUGUUUAUUACUUGAACUGUUUGGGGUUAUUUUGUACAAAAUGUAGGUUUACAUUUUAGGAGAGGGGAAGAAGUCGUGUCGUGUGAGGAAACCGUGUGGUCAUUUUUUAAGUUUUGUACGCUGUUUGUUGCACAAACUUUUCCAGAAGCCUUCUGCACUGUGUCAAUGGUUACAUAAGAUAGGGCGACAGUCGCAGUUCAAUGAGUCAGAAUCACAAUUUGUAAAUAUGUUUUCAUACAGCGAAACUUUUGAUAAAGUUUUAAACAUUUCUUGUAAAAAAAAAGAUGUGUAUAUUAGUCUCCUGGAUGAAAGAGUGUAGACCAUGGAUUUAUUUGUACUCGAGAGCACUGGAUUUCUUUACUACUUGAUUGUAACUAAAAUGAAUAAUCUGCCAAAGUGUUAUUUUCAUUUUUGAUCCUACUUUUCGUUUUUCCUAUUUAAAUUUAAUGUUUGCUUUUUAACCUUAAAACAUUGCAGAGAUAGGCUGUUUAAUUUCUAUUUGUACAUUUAUUUAAUAGAUAAAUUAAAUUGUAAUUCUAUUUAAUAGAUUCCGCUCUGUGUUGAAAGAGGGGGUUACAGUUUAAUUUAUUGGUGCCUUGUUUGUGUUUAUGUACAUUUUCCGAUAAUGUUUUGUUUUAUUUGUGUCCGUGUCCACGGGUGGGAGUCUUUGGGGUAAGACAGGGGUUUAACGUUAGCAACUGUACUUACAUGAAAUAUCUGUACUGUAUGCCAAAAUGGUCUCACUCACGUUUCUAUGAAAUUCGAGCUGUUGAUAAAUAUCUAUAUAUUGAUAUAUUAAAUUGUUAAAAUCCUUA